AUGACUGAUGUGCUCGGCGUCGUCACCCUUGGACUCUCAUCCAGCGCAGCCACAAACAUAAGGUGGAAGGAGGUGCUCCAGGAGCUGGCAGAGGCCCUGGCAGAGACAAUCGAGAAUGACUCCGCAGCCAUGGUCGAGCAAGUGUGCCAGUACCAUCUGGGCGUGGCCAGAACAGAGCCUCCUGAACUCCCCAUGCAGACGCACAGUGCCAGCUGUAGUGAUGAGGGCCGCAACGGCAGCGGAUCUGGGGGCGCCGGCCCACCGUCGGGGGGACUGCCGCAGCUGGUCGUUCAAGAGGGGGGACCCGGGGGAUCACCUCCUCCAGGCCCAGACAAUGCGGACCGCGCAGAUCGCAGCGACAGAGGCGGCGAGAGGCCAACCAAAGGAAAAUGCGCACCCGCAGAUGAGGCUGAAGCGACAGGCAUCAAUGCUGCAGAGCUUGCAGUGCCUGCGCGCCCGAGCGCCCCGGUGCCGCCUCUGGCUGGCACUGAGAGCGGGGGCAGUAAGGGACUUGCCAAAGACAACAGCCACAAAAAGGCGGGGUCAUCUGGCAAGAGCGCCCUGCUAGGGUCGGAUGGCCCGACGAAGUGGGACCAGAAGCUGCGCGUCCACCAUCCGGUGGACACAUUUGAUGCGCGCAAGGCCGGCUGCUCCGCGAGCGCGUUUGAGGCGGCCGUGUACGAUCCCCAGGAGGAGAAGGGCGCCGCCAAGAGAGCAUUUGCCGCCGCCCGCGUGCGCAAUUUUGCGCGCACUCCCACCAUGGCCUUCAUGGACGAGGGGCUGGAGGCCGAGUAUGCUCAUUGGCAAGCCCGCCAGCGCUGGCAGCUGGAUGCGGCAGGCCUCCUGUUCUUGCUGUUGAUAACAGCCACAUCCAUUGCGACAUCGCUGCCGCAGUCAGCCGAGGCGUUGCAGUGCUUGUGGCUGGCCUGCCUCCUGCACGCCCUCCCCCUCGCCGCCAUGCUCGUCAACCUCCCCUGGUACCUGCGCAAGCGUGAGCGGGUGCUGGGCGCGUACAUGGUGUGCCUGGCGUUCCACGCGGUCUACCUGCGCAACCGCGUCGCGCUGCAGCUGGGGCCUCAGUCCGCGCUGGCCGCGCUCGUCUGGUUCUCCCGCGUGCAGGCCGCCGAGCCGCUCCUCUUCCAUGCAGUCAUGUUUGCGGUGCGCUUCCGCACGGCACUGCUGGUGCAGGCGGUGUGCGUGGUGAUAGCAGCCAGCAACGCGGCAGCCGUGUGCUCCUCCUGCUGCUCCUCCUUCAUGGGGCCCACCUUCUGCCUCCUCAAGGCCCUGGCCACCCAGGCAAGCACCCACUGCCUGUACUGCUUGCACGAUUUGCACCCCUAUGCUUGCAGGGUGGUGUUUGGCUACGGCGUGCCUGCUGGAGUGCUGUAUUUCACGGAGGAGAACUUCCGCCAGAUCUUUGCAGAAGCCUGCUUGAGCGAGGGCUGA